AUGACGAAAUUGUGCCUGUAUUGCGGUGAUAAAGAGCCUGAUCUUGAUCCCAAUGAUGACAUUCUUAGUGAAUAUUGCAGCGAUGAGUGUCGCCUCAAAGCACUGAAUUCCGGACUUACUCUGCCAUGCGAACUUUGUAAAGCAUUUCCAAAAGUAAAGUAUAGUAAAUACUGCGGAUUGACAAGAUGUCGAAAAGAGAAUUUAUGCAUUAUGUGCAGGAAAAACGUUGUAACGAGGAGAGAUUCAUUUUGGUGUUCUAAAAGUU